CCCGGUGGACGAGGAUCGGACUACGUGCUGAACAGGUGGAUGAGUGACGGGUGGAUGAGUGACGGGUGGAUGAGUGAUGGAUCAGGUGUGGGUCUCUGUGCAGCAGCUUGUGAAGCGCUUCAUGGUGACGUCAGUGACGGAAGUCUGUCAGCGACUUAAAGACAGAGAAGAAGAAGAAGACUCCAGGACGGAGGAGGAGCUGCUGGCUGUGAUGAGGAGGUGCUGUGAGGCUCUGCUGCAGGAUCUGAGGAGGCUGCUGGAGGAGAACCAGGAGCAGAAACUAGCAUCGUGUGAUAAGAGGAGACUCCAUGACUCCACCUCCACUGCAGCUAAAGGAGACGCCCAGUUGGAGAUGAUCCACCAAUCAGAUGCUCAGACAGCACCUACAGCGGGAAGGUUUUCCAGGUGACUCUGCUCUCUCUGGGCGGAUUCCUGCUUCUUCCUCUCCUGGUUAUCAUCCUCAUCAUAGAGUCACCCAUCCACCCAGAGGUCUUCAGCCUGAAGGAGCCUCCGCUGAUGAAGGGCUGCUGGGAACCAAACCUGAAGCUCCGAGAGGCUGAGAGGCUGUUUGAGGACCAGAUCACCGGACCGGAGUCCAUCGUCAACAUAGGAGAUGUUUUUUAUGCCGGAACAGCUGAUGGGAAGAUUGUGAAGCUGAUUGGUCGAAGGAUUCACACGGUGACGAGACUCGGAAAGCUUCCCUGUGGCUCCAGAGAGGAGGAGUCCAGCUGUGGGAGGCCUUUGGGGAUCCGAGUCGGACCCAAUGGGACUCUGUUUGUGGCCGACGCCUACCUGGGGCUGUUCCAGGUGAACCCCACCACAGGUGAGGCAACCCAGUUGGUGUCAGGGGGUCAGGUGGUCGCCGGCAGGAAGCUGUCGUUCAUCAACGACGUGGCGGUCACUCAAGACGGGAAGAAGAUUUACUUCACCGACUCCAGCAGCAGAUGGCAGCGCAGAGACUACAUGCACCUCAUCAUGGAGGCCACGGCCGACGGACGGGUGCUGGAGUACGACACAGAGAGCAGAGAACUGACGGUGCUGAUGGAGAAUCUUCGCUUCCCAAACGGCAUCCAGCUGCUCCCUGAUGAGGAAUCUGUGCUGGUGGCGGAGACCACCAUGGCCCGGAUACGCAGAGUUCAUGUUGCUGGUCUGAACAAAGGCGGCAUGGACACCUUUAUUGACAAUCUACCCGGUUUCCCCGACAACAUUCGUCCGAGCUCAACCGGAGGUUACUGGGUGGCCAUGUCGUCGGUCCGGCCGAACCCCGGCUUCUCCAUGCUGGACUUCCUGUCCCAGAGGCCCUGGAUCAAGAAAUUCAUUUUCAAGCUCUUCAGCCAGGAGGUGCUGAUGAAGUUCGUCCCUCGGUACAGCCUGGUGGCAGAGCUCCAUGACGGCGGCAUCUGCACUCGGAGCUUCCACGACCCCAACGGCCUGGUAGCGGCCUACGUCAGCGAGGUCCACGAGCACAAAGGGAGCCUGUACCUGGGCUCCUUCCGCUCGCCCUACAUCGCCAAACUGGACCUGAGUAAAGUCUAGAGGAAACCGACACGCUGUUGGAACUUGGCAACUCUGUGGGACGUCUGAAGCCGUUUGUCUUCAGCAGUGAUGUCAUGAUGCUCGGGGGGGAGGUGAUAAGGUCACAGGUGGUUUGUCAGACUUUGACGACGGUCCGUUAUUGAUCUAAUCGGCAUAUUUUGAGGGGUUUAACGCGUGAUUCCUUUCCAACCUUCAUGAAUCCGUAGGUUGCCAACAGCAGCGCCUCGUUGUCGCAGUUAAGAAUCUGCAUUUGUGUUCAUGUUUGCUGUUCUGUUUUGGGGACGUCGUGAGUUGUUCUCCAGCUGGGAAUCAAAUUUGACAAAAUUGUAUGUGCAAAGUUGUUUUCAUAUUGUACUGAAGCUCAGGAUCUGAGACCCAGCACGAAGAUAUUUUCAACCAGGUAAAAAUAAAAACACCUUUCUAGCUAGCUGAAGCUAAUAAAGAUAAUUAAUAGUGGGUUAGCUUGCUCACUGCAGCGCUAGCAAGCUGCCGCUGAAUCAAUAUAGCCUUAUAAAUGUCAUUAGCAUAUUACAUGACUAAAUGGGUUAAGCAAAACCAACCAACUUUACAGUACGGAAUAAAAUUGGCAGCAAUGCUUCAUGCAGAGAAAACACCAUUUAAUCAUACGUGAAUACUUUUACAUGUUUCAAUUGACUUCAUAAUUAAUACACAGAAACAGCAGGUCGUCUCUCGAGGGACUCGUCUGGGUUAGCAUUGUUAGCGCUAUCACUGCGAUGAGCGGCCAUUUCUCACUUGAAUAUAUGAAAGCUUUGGAAAUGAGAAGACAAGUGUAACGUAAGUUAUUUGUAAUUAGAAGGAAGCCGUCAAAUUUGCUUGACGUCGAUGUUGGUUUGGUUUUUAGACUCUUUUGUGUGAUUCAGAUAAAACGGGUCAGGAGCCGUAAUCACGUCUUGGAUAUGGAUUCAAAACGUGGUUAUGUCAUGAAUGGUCCCGUUUAGCAUGAAGUAAAGUAGACACUAGUAAUAUUUAGCAUGAUGGCAUCUGUACUUCCGCUCACUUCCUGGUAGCUGUGGUUAGAAGUCUAAGCGCCAAGCGGCUUCUCCUCAGAGCGGCUGUGGUAGAACCUGGGUCGGUUCCUUUUCAGCUUCCUUUAAAGAAACUGAAUCAAAUCUGUGUUUUUGAUGAAAACCAUUCAUUUAAAUACAUCAAUUACUUGUGUGAAAAAUCUGAUUAAAAAGCUUUUAUUGCAUCAGAAA